AUGUUAGAGAGAAACGAGGUAGAUUUGAAGAUUAUUCGUGGUUUGUGUGCUAAUGGGAUCCCAUUCAAUGUAUUACGCAACCCGCAGUUUCUUGAGAUGGUGAGUGCAAUCAAGAAGGCACCAGAUGGAUACAAACCCCCGUCUAGUGAAAAAGCGAGAACCACAUUACUUGACGCGUGUGUACGGGAUGUUGAGAAGGAGCUAGCACCGGUCAAAGACACUUGGUACACACAGGGAGUGUCGAUCGUCUCGGACGGGUGGACGAAUGUCAAACAUAACCCAUUGAUUAAUGUUCUCGCGGUAAAUUCUCGUGGUGCCAUGUUUAUGCACGCGGGAGACUUCUUAGGGAUAGAGAAAAAGGCUGGGGUGAUUGCGAAGUAUCUUAUUGACGCGAUCGAGACCGUUGGAUCAAGCAACGUGUUGCAAGUCGUAACAGACAAUGCGGCUAAUUGCAAAAAGGCCGGGGAAGAGAUCGAGAAGGUAUAUAAGCAUAUUUUUUGGUCGCCUUGUUGUGUGCAUACUUUAAAUCUUAUUUUUAAAGACUUGGGGAACGAGUUUUAUUGGCAAAACGACACAUAUAAGAAAGGUAAGGCUAUUGUUAAGUAUUUUCUUAACCAUACACAUGCCUUAUCAAUAUUUAGAGAAAAUUCAAGGUUGGAAUUGUUGAAGGUUGCAAAAACAAGAUUUGCGUCACAUUAUAUACUUUUGCGAAGGUUAUUGGAUUGUAGGGAGGCACUAGCCACUACUAUCGUCCUCAAUUCUUGGCGGGAUUGGAUGAAAAGUGGGGAUGAAAUGGCUAGAACAGAGGGGGCAAACAUCACCGAAACGAUUAAAGAUGAAGAGUUUUGGGAAUCCGUGGAGAAUAUUUUAGCCAUUACAAAACCUAUUUUUUUGCUAAUCAAGUUUUGUGAUGGUGAAGGUCUUAAAAUGGGUGAAAUCUACGAAAAGAUGGACAACAUGGUUGGAGAAAUCAAAGAUGUCAUGAAGGAUAACAAAUAUGCAGGUUAUUUUGAGGAAAUUAAUCAGAUUGUUUUGGCUAGAUGGGAUAAAAUGUCAAUCCCACUUCAUUGUUUGGCGCAUGCUCUGAAUCCAAGGUUUUAUGAUAAACAUUAUCUACAAAAGUUGGCACCCUGUGACGUUAAAAGAAAAGCUCCGAACCUAGAUGUGGAAGUUUCAGAUGGUGUUAUAGAAGCGUUUAAAAAAAUCGGGGAAGACGAAGAGGAACGAAGUAUGUUGCGGGCACAAUUUGCAACAUUUCAUAUGAAAAAAGGUAUUUUUUCGAGGAGUGCGGCACAAGCUGAUGCCGUGACAAUGGAUGCAGUUGAUUGGUGGGGUACAUAUGGGUCGGAGACACCCGAAUUGGCAGAGGUGGCAAAAAAAGUGCUCUCUCAACCGAUUAGUAGUUCUUCGGCGGAGAGAAACUGGAGUACAUACUCCUACAUCCAUAAUGUCAAGAGAAAUCGUUUAAAUUGCAAUAGAGCGGAUAAACUAGUUUUUAUUCACUCUAACAUUAGGCUUCAGAGUCGUUUUCUAGAAUCGUAUAAAUCUGGACCCCACAAAAAGUGGGAUAUGAACCCGGAAAGCACGUAUAUUGAAGGUUCAAGUGCUCAGUUGGAAGAAAUGGUUUGGGAAGAUCUUGUUGAAGAAGACGUUGAUAACGGGAAAGGAAAAAGGGCACGUCUAGAUUAG